AUGGGAGCUAAACAUUUGAAAGAACAAAAAGGAAUUGGUUCUUACUUCAUGCCAAGAACAGGACCUGGUAACCAACCUACUAUCAAAAGUGUUCUUCAAAGCAAAGAAGCUAUAGAGAAAUGUGACCUCACUAUAUCCAAGUGGAUGAUUGAUUCGUGUAUUCCUUUUAAUGCUGUAAAUUCUGUGUAUUAUCAACAAAGUAUAGAUGUCAUAGCUAGUAUGAGCCCUGGCUAUAAAGGAUCGAACUUUCAUAGUCUUCGUGGUUAUUUAUUGGCUAAAAAUGUUGAGGAGGUUCAGAAGUAUGUUGAAAGCUAUCGUUCAACGUGGAAAAUGACUGGUUGCACAAUUAUGGCUGAUGGUUGGACAGAUCAAUGUAAAAGAACUCUUAUUAACUUUUUAGUUUAUUGUCCAAAAGGAUCAGUAUUCUUAAAAUCAGUAGAUGCUUCAGAUGAAUCAAAAAGUGCUGACAUGUUAUACAAGUUAUUUCGAGAUGUUGUGUUAUUUGUAGGUUCAGAAUAUGUGGUCCAUAUGGUGACGGACAAUGCUGCAAACUAUGUUGCCGCUGGUAGGUUAUUGGAGCGAGAGUUUCAAACAUUAUUUUGGUCUCCAUGUGCAGCUCAUUGCAUUAAUCUAAUGUUUCAUGAUAUUGGUAAGCUUGAUGAAGUUAGUAAUGUCGUAUCUCAAGCAUCAAAAAUAACAAAAUACAUAUACAACCAUUGCUACCCAUUGCAUUUGAUGAGGAAGUUUACUGGAAGAAAGGAAAUACUCCGACCCGCUCCUACUCGUUUUGCUACUAACUUUAUUGCUCUACAAAGCAUAUUGGCUCAAAAGGAUCCAUUAAGAGCAAUGGUGACAUCUAGAGAAUGGGCUUUAUCAGCAUAUGCAAAGGAAAGUAAAGGAAAACGAUUUGUUGAUGAAGUACUUGAUUCUAUGUUUUGGAAAUAG